GUCGGACCCAGUGAAAGUGGAAGCUGCGUGUCCUUCCUGCGGCGACGGGGCCCGGGGAGCCAGCAGCGGAGAGCGGACGGGCCCGGUGAGCCAACGGAGAAGAGCUGAGGGCCCGGUACGGACAACAUCUGCCGGGACCACGGAGAAGACCGGAAGCCGCCGAUUUUAAGAUGUCCUCCUUGGCGUGUGACUGCAGCCAUCUAGAGUCCGUGGGAGAAGUGACCAAAGACGAGCUUAUCCAGAAAUCUAACGGCUCCUGUCAGGACUGCGGAGUGAAGGGACCGAACCUCUGGGCUUGUUUGGAAAAUGGAUGUUCUUACGUUGGCUGCGGAGAGUCUCACGCGGAUCACAGCACUACCCACUCUCAGGAUCACAAGCACUGCCUCACGGUGAACCUCACCACGCUGCGUGUCUGGUGCUACACGUGCAGCAAGGAGGUGUUUCUAGAACGGAAGCUGAGCGCCCACCAGUCCACAGCAAAGCCUCAGGACAGCAACCCGCAGGAUUCCAAAAUGACAUCCAACCUGACAUUAAAGGUCCCGGCCCCCGUCGUGUCUGAAAACCUGGACGUUGAGCUGGAGGAGGAGGAUGAGCUGAAGACAAGAGGUCUGACUGGUUUAAAAAACAUCGGCAAUACCUGUUACAUGAACGCCGCCCUGCAAGCCCUGUCCAAUUGUCCUCCGCUUACACAUUUCUUCCUGGAUUGUGGCGGUUUGGUGCGAACGGAUAAAAAGCCGGCGCUGUGUAAGAGUUACCAGAAACUGAUGACCGAAAUCUGGCAUAAGAACAGGCCGGGGUCGGUAAUGCCCACCAACCUCUUCCAGGGGAUAAAGUCCGUGAAUCCCACUUUCCGAGGCUACUCUCAGCAGGAUGCCCAGGAAUUUUUGCGUUGCUUGAUGGAUGUUUUACAUGAAGAGCUCAAGGAGCAAGUAGUCGAGACCGAGGAGGAUAACCAGCUUGGGAUUGUGGACGACAACGUGGAGGAAGAUAAAAACCAAUCCGAUAACGAUUUCCAGUCCUGUGAAUCCGGCUCCACCAGCGAUAACGCGGAGAGCGAGAGCCGCAAACUGGCCGAGGAGCUCACGGAGUCCACCAUGCUCAUCCAGGAGGAGCAGAAGGAUCCGGACCCCCCAAAAUCCCGGCACAAGCAGUUCUCCAACAACCUGAACCACGGCCGCUGCCUGCCGGACGUGGAGAAAAACAUCGAGAACUCGGCAGAGGAAAACGACGCGUCCUCGCACGGAACCGUGAAGGUGCAGAUACAGAGCCGGAUAGCAGACUACGCCACAGAAGUGAACAUGAGCGAUCUGUCCUCUUCACAAACGCCGCUACUAAAUGAAAACUCGGAAACGCUUAUUUCCAGCAGCCCUCCGAAGACCACCGCCACGUGGCUGGGUCACAGAAAAGUCCCAAUGUGUCCUCCGAAAAGAAAAAAGCAGAAGAAGUAUCGGAGCGUGAUAUCGGACAUUUUUGAUGGCACGAUAAUGAGCUCGGUGCAAUGCCUGACGUGCGACAGAAUUUCUGUAACACUGGAAACCUUCCAGGAUCUGUCUCUGCCCAUCCCUGGCAAGGAGGAUCUGGCUAAACUACACUCGGCGAGUCACCAGACGUCCAUGAUGAAGGCGGGUUCCUGCGGAGAGGCGUAUGCCCCCCAAGGAUGGAUCGCCUUCUUCCUGGAGUAUUUUAAAAGCUGGUUUUGGGGUCCCACUGUGACGCUGCAGGAUUGCCUCGCUGCAUUUUUUGCCAGGGAUGAGCUUAAAGGUGAUAACAUGUACAGCUGCGAAAAGUGCAAAAAGUUACGAAACGGCGUCAAGUUCUGUAAGGUGCAGAAAUUCCCAGAGAUAUUGUGCAUCCAUCUGAAGCGCUUCAGACACGAGCUCAUGUUUUCUACAAAGAUUGGGACCCACGUGUCCUUCCCGCUGGAGGGUUUAGAUCUUCAGCCAUUCCUUGCUAAAGACAGCCCUGCCCAGAUCAUAAACUACGACCUCCUGUCGGUGAUCUGUCACCACGGGACCGCCAGCAGCGGCCAUUACAUAGCCUACUGCCGGAAUAACUUGAAUAACCUUUGGUAUGAGUUUGAUGACCAAAGCGUCACCGAGGUGCCGGAGUCCGUGGUACAGAAUGCCGAGGCCUACGUGCUUUUCUAUAGGAAGGCCAACGAGGAGGCGCAGAAGGAAAGACGCCGCGUCUGCCGACUCCUCAGUAUGAUGGAGAGCAGCCUCCUGCAGUUCUACGUUUCUCGCCAGUGGUUAAAUCGGUUUAAAACCUUUGCAGAACCCGGUCCCAUAACCAACAAUGACUUCCUCUGUGCGCACGGCGGUGUCCCGCCUCGUAAAUCCGGAUUAAUAGAAGACCUUGUGGUGAUGCUUCCCCAGAACAUUUGGGAUUAUCUGUAUAGCAGAUUUGGAGGCGGGCCGGCUGUCAAUCAUCUCUACGUCUGUCAUAUGUGUCAAACCGAACAGGAAAAGAUUGAAAAGAGAAGGAAAAUGGAGCUGGAAACGUUCAUCCGGCUAAACAAAGCGUUUCAGGAGGAGGAGUCGCCGGCCGUUAUCUUCUGCAUCAGCAUGCAGUGGUUCCGGGAGUGGGAAGGAUUUGUCAAAGGCAAGGACUGCGAUCCGCCUGCUGCAAUCGACAACACAAAAAUCGCUGUCACCAAGUGUGGUCACAUUUCCCUAAGGCAAGGUGCCGAUUCUGGGCAGAUUUCAGAGGAAACCUGGAACUUCCUCCAGUCUAUCUAUGGCGGCGGCCCGGAGAUCACUCUGAGACAAAGUGUCCCAAUUUCAGAAUCGGACGGCUCUCAGUCGGAGGAGAAGAUCGACAUGGAGACGCGGAACAUCUAAUCACGCACUCGAGAUGACUCCCUUGUUUUUUUUGUUCGAAUCAUUCCUCCCGUACAUUGUGAGAUUACGAGGCCUCCGCCUCUCCCCGCUGUGAUUGUACCUGAUUUAUUUAUGCUUUCUGAGCGAGCAGGGAAUGACCUGAGAGUUUUAUUUCAGACCACCUGUCUACACUAUCGCCGAACUGUUUUAUUUCGCAGCCACCCUGUAACUAUUUACAAUGUGAGAAGAUGGAGCUGUUUUGGU